CACUGGGCAUCCGAAAUUGAAAUUACCAAAAAUAACAUAAAAUCUCCUCCCGAGUCCCACGCCACACAUUUCUCUCCCGCCUCAUCCCCUCACGCGCCGCCUCGUCCCGGCGCGUGCUCCACACUCGCCUUCGCUCUGCCGGAAAGUUACCGUUAUUUAUUACCCCACGCCCGAACCCAUCAAUCGAAGAAACAACAAUCUCUCUCUCUCUCUCUCGCUGACAUUGAUGGCUCUGUUAGCGCCAAUCUCAGCUACGCCACUUUUGGCGUCGUUACCGAAGCUUAUCGUGUUACCCACGCGCCGCCGUCUCCGGAUUCCGUCGGCUACUCUUAGCUCGUCGUCUCCGGAAUCGUCGGCAUCGAUUUCUACAACUACUACAGAUCGCCACGACGAGAAACCGUUGGUCGAUUUCGCGGUUUCUAGUAACCCAAGUGGGAAUCCAUUUGUUCGCUUUGUUCGUUCCACGGAAUCCAACGUUGAAAGGGCGAUCUUUGAUUUCCGAUUCCUUGCUCUCCUGGCCAUUGGAGGUUCACUCGCCGGUUCGCUGCUAUGCUUCUUGAAUGGCUGUGUCUACAUCAUGGAUGCGUAUAAAGUUUACUGGACAUGCUGCGUCAAAGGAAUCCACACUGGCCAAAUGGUUCUCCGGCUGGUUGAAGCUAUAGAUGUUUAUCUGGCUGGAACGGUAAUGCUGAUAUUUGGAAUGGGCCUGUACGGGUUAUUCAUAAGCAAUGCGCCUCCUGAAGUCCACUCUGACGCGGACCGUGCCCUCAGAUCCUCUUCCCUGUUCGGAAUGUUUGCUAUGAAGGAGAGGCCGAAGUGGAUGAAGAUAAGCUCUCUGGACGAGCUGAAAACGAAAGUGGGGCACGUCAUCGUGAUGAUCCUGCUGGUGAAAAUGUUCGAGAGGAGCAAAAUGGUGACCAUAGCCACCGGAGUGGAUUUGCUCAGUUAUUCCAUUUGCAUCUUCUUGUCGUCUGCCUCUCUUUACAUCCUCCAUAACCUGCACAAGGGAGAAUGAACGGUGAUCCUGUCGUCAACCUGUACAGUGACAUAAUGUAUGUGCAUAUGUAGAGACGUUCUCCUCAUCUGUAGCUCUUUGCUUGAAUCUCAGUUCUAAAUCCUAAAUGUUCUCUUUGGUGAAAACAAUA